UAUAAAGAGUCUAUAGUGAGUGUAGAAGUGGUUCAAGAUGGUAUAAUAUUUGAUUAAUUAGGAAUAAGAAGGAGAUGGGAAAUUGUCAAGCAAUUGAUGCUGCAACAGUAAUGAUACAACACCCAAAUGGAAAAAUAGAAAAGUUUUAUUCAUGUGUGAGUGCUACCCAAGUUAUGAAAAUGAACCCUGGUCAUUGUGUUGCUCUUCUCAUCUCCACAACAAUGUAUCCAAACAAUAAUAAUAACUAUGCUGACACCAAAACCAAAACCAACACAGUUCGUUUAACUCGCAUAAAGCUUCUUAAACCUAAUGAUACUCUACUUCUUGGCCAUGUUUAUAGACUCAUUACAACUCAAGAGGUUGUGAAGGGUCUAAAGGAAAAGAAACAAGCAAAGAUGAGGCAGAAUCUGAAAGAAUCAAUUCAUAAAACAGAAAAUCUGGGGUUAGAGAUGGAGAAAAAAGCAAGGAAGGUUGACACACAGACAACAAAAGGUGAAAGAGGUGGAGCAAGGACAAGUUCAUCAACUAAUAAUAAUGUUGUGAGUGUCACAGCUAAGACAAGAUUCUGGCAACCCUCUUUACAAAGUAUCUCAGAGGCAGCCAGCUGAGGGACAGAGUAGCAAGCAAUUCAAUAACAAAACCCCUUUCAUCAAUGAUUGCUUAGUCAUGUGGAAAUUAAAUAUAGUAGAUUGAGCUUCGAGGGAGGCCACAAAAACAACUCACAGAUGAUAAAAUUGUCUUAUGAGUUCAUGCAUAAUUGUGCAUUGUAAAGUUCAAACAUCAUAUAUCAGUUAAUGUAAUUAGAUAUUACUCUCUAAUGAAAUCAACCUUAGUUAUAACAAAUUUUGUGUUAAAA